AACGCCCCAGCCGCUCCGGAGCAGACAGCAGCACCCAGGCUAGGCACGGCACUGUCAGGAGCUCUACCGCACGCGCACACACACACGCACGCACUCCACACACUCCACACACGCCGCUCGCACGGCCGAGAAGGGGACGGGGAUCGCACAGAGAGGAGCAGGAGCAGCAGCAGCCUUUGUGGAGCCCGUGUUCUUCCGGACGUCUGGGAUUGUGGCGCUUUCUGCAGUUCUUCUCCUCGUUCCGCUCACUGACUGGAGUUUGCAUUGUUGUUUUUUGCGAUCGGUACUGUUGUUUUAAUUGCCGUCGUUGGGCUUUUUUUUCCUUCCCCCCGGAGGAGGUGCUGCUUGUUCUGGCGACCGCGCGACAGCCCUGCAUCUUCGGGUCCCCAACUCCUGCUGCGGUCGCGAUCGCCGUGGUAACUCCCGCUCUUCGCAGAGUGCAUCUGUGCCGCCGGGAUAUCUGUGGGAAUCUGACAGUCCAUCUCCGCACGACUGGAUCACAAUACACGCGAGCAAGGGAACGAGAGAGAGAGAGAGACGGGUGGCAAGGAAUGAGCUCUGAAGCGAGGGAGGUAGCCGGCUUUAUAGUUCAAGUGCGUUAAAUACCCCCCCCCGCACCUGCUUCUCCUCCUCUAUCCUCCCUCCACUCCUUCUCCUCUGUUCCGCUGCUUCUAGGACUAGCACGGGCACACCACCUCAUCUUCCUCCUCCACCACCUCAUUCUCCUCCUCCUCCUCCUCCUCUUCCUCCUGCUCAUCCUCCUCGCGCUCUCGCGGAAACUCCUGGGCUGUGGCGUGCGCUCUGGUACCCAGCUGUCUCCCGGCGUGAGACCCAGAGAGGGGGGGGCCAGUUUCAUCCGCGCGCGGUAAUACUCAGCCACAGGAAGCGCUCGCCUCAGCCUCUCUCUCCGGCCGGCCGCGCUGACAGGAAACCCACGCCAGCUUCCCUCCGCUCCCGCUCCCUCUCUCGCUCGCUCGCUCGUCCGUCUGUCCGGCACGGAUCCUACGUCCUCCACCCGGGACCGGGGGCAACAGGGGGCACAGACAACCCCCCAGCGAGUUUUCCUGCGCCCGACAGAAGGAUUUCAGCUACAUGGGCAAACGCUUGGAGCAGCAACCAAUGUACCCCCAGUACACCUACUACUACCCUCAUUAUCUCCAGACCAAGCAGUCCUAUGCCCCACCCCCUCACCCUAUGGCUCCGCCCAGCCCCAGCACAAACAGCAGCGGCCACAGUGGAGCCGAGCAGCUCAGUAAAACCAACCUGUACAUCCGCGGCCUUCCUCCAGGAACCACCGACCAGGACCUCAUCAAGCUCUGCCAGCCGUAUGGGAAAAUAGUGUCAACCAAGGCCAUCCUGGACAAGAACACAAAUCAGUGUAAAGGGUAUGGCUUUGUGGAUUUCGACAGCCCAGCAGCAGCUCAGAAGGCCGUGGCUUCGCUCAAGGCCAGCGGUGUCCAGGCUCAGAUGGCCAAGCAACAGGAGCAGGACCCCACGAACCUGUACAUCUCCAACCUGCCGGUGUCCAUGGACGAGCAGGAGCUGGAGAACAUGCUCAAGCCCUUCGGCCACGUCAUCUCCACGCGGAUACUGCGCGACGCCAGCGGGGUCAGCCGGGGGGUGGGCUUCGCCAGAAUGGAGUCCACUGAAAAAUGUGAAGUGGUGAUUCAGCAUUUUAAUGGGAAAUAUCUGAAAACUCCUCCCAGCAUCCCCACGCCCUCCGAGCCUUUGCUGUGCAAAUUCGCAGACGGAGGACAGAAGAAGCGGCAAAACCAGACCAAAUACCCCCAGAACGGCCGACCAUGGCCCCGAGAAGGGGAGACUAGCAUGGCAUUAACAUACGACCCUGCUGCUAUGCAGAACGGGUUUUACUCCUCACCAUACAGCAUUGCCACAAACCGUAUGAUUGCACAGACAUCCAUCACGCCCUUCAUCGCUGCUUCUCCUGUUUCAACGUAUCAGGUCCAGAGUACGUCAUGGAUGCCUCACCAACAAUACGUUAUGCAACCAGCCGGUGCUGUGAUCACGCCAGCCAUGGACCACACCAUGUCCAUGCAGCCCGCCAGCAUGAUGGGGCCCCUCACCCAGCAGAUGAACCACAUGUCAUUGGGUACUACAGGAACUUACAUGACUGCUGCAGCUGCAGCUGCGCCUAUGCAAGGGACGUACAUUCCCCAGUACACUCCUGUGCCUCCGUCUGCUGUCCCCGUGGAAGGAGUGGUCACUGAAGCCACGCCCCAGACGGUUGCCCCCUCCUCCCAGGAUGCCAGCGGGCAGCAGCAGCCUUUGCAGGUGGAGAGCGGCGGCGACCACGCGCCGGCCUACUCGUACCAACAGUCAAAAUAAGGACGGGAGGGAGAGCAUUCCUGUGACAGCGAUGCCUUGAGACGGAGAGACUGCACUGAACCUGAGGGGAGAGGGAGCGUCCGGAUCGCACAGGCACCUGAAGAGAUACUAUUUCAUUUCCUACCUGACCUGGGCGAGAAGAGAGAGAGAGGGGGGGGUGGGGUGGGGGUGGGGGUGAGGGGGAGGGGGGUUUGACACACAGUGCAGAGAGGGUCAGUCUGGUCACCUGACACCUGGGUUUAUUGUCAGCCAAUGAGAGGCUUGAAUCUUUUUCUUCAUGAAAUUUCUUGACUUUAAAAAAAAAUUGCAAAAGAAAAAAAAAAAAUGAAUGUGCAGGUAGGUUUCAGCAGUGGUGAUUUUUUUUAAUUAGGAGAGGAAGCAUGUUUGAAAAGAAAAAAGUUGUCUUCCUCAGAUAUUAAGCUACUCCUUUUAAUUCUUUUUACUUGUGUUAAAUUUUAGUUUUCUAGAGAACUUAAGCAAGGUUUUUUCUUGAAUCUUUAUUGCCUUAAUUUUAAGGACGUGAGAGACUUUUCCUAAAGUGAUCAGUCAAGCGUCUUGUUUUUAAAAAAAAAAAAAAAUUAUGAAUGAAUGACACGGCCUCUUGGACCAAUUGAAUGGUGCAAGAUAUAAAACAGUCGAGUCGAGGUAGGAGCAGGAAAUCUAUAGAAUAAGCUGUACAGAUUUAAUAAAGUUUUUUCUUUGUUAGGAGAAAACUUUAAUGUUCAAUCAGUGGCAAGAGAGGAGGUUUUAAAGUACAGAGGAGACAGAACGUCCAUCGAGGAGGAGAUCAGGAAAUACAGGAAUCUUUUGGAUUUUCAGAAUGAGAAUAUAAUGACUGCAUUGUAGGAGAUGCAGGUUAUUGCAAAACGCAGAACUUGUUUCUUUUUUUAUUUCACAUGGCAAAGUUGCUAUCGAUGGCAUUAGUGCUUUUUAUCUGCAACCUUUUUUAUGAGCUUUACAAAUGUUUCUAGCCCGCUUUGCUUGUCACACUGCAAAAAAAAGAAAUAAGUACAUAAAUACAUUCAAAAAUAAAAACAAAAAAAAAUGCCUAGCAGUGCAAAACUUCAUAGAUAGAAGCUUAUGGUUAAAACCAGUUAGCGCAAAAGCAAUAGAUAGAAGAAAUUGUUGACAAUUUCUGUAGUCUUUCUUAGCUGUUGAUCAAAUGCAGCCAAUGGAUGGCCUAUUUUAUACCAAAGACAAAGAAACGCCCAGGAGCAGCAGGGGGAGAUAGAGCUCUUUCUUUUCGUUUUUCAUUUCAAUUUGUCUGUCAUUGAUGUCCUUGCUCUUCAUGACGUUGUUGAUUUAUAAGUCCUCAUUUGACCUAGAUGGCCGGACCAGUUUUUACUUUUGUUUUGCCAUGUUUAAACUACCUUCCACCUGUGGUGUAGACUAGAGAAAUCACACAGGCAGCCCAACCAAUUGGGAGUCUGUGAUGUUGCUUGCGAACAGAUCAAAACACUGUCACUCUGGACACAUUAGAAAGCAGCUGUGUAUCAUGUGUGCGUUUUGCUCUGUGUUGUUGCAGAAGAGGAGAGCGAUGCAGUACUCCUAUGAAAAGGUUAAAGGUAGAAUGGUUACUGUAGAGAAAUGCCAGGGGGAAGUGUCUUUGCUUCCUCCUGUUUGCUUAUUGCCGGUUAACUGUUUUUAUUGAUGGUCUCUGUGAUGGCAGUGACAAAUGAUUCGUUCUGUAUGGUAUGCAACUCGAGACUGUGUAGAGACUCUUUUUAUUCUACUUCUUUAUUUCUGUUUCUUUUUGUUUUUCUUCAUUCAUCAAGAAGACUAGCCAGUUGAUAAAUAAAUACAUAAAUAUAUAUAUGUCCAGCUGGCACCUCUGUGUAUUUAAACUGCAUAUUUAACUACCUCAUUCUUUUGCCAUUAUCUCACAAGGAAAUACUAAAAAUAAAGGAAAACUUCAAUCAGAUGAAGAGUUAGUACAGUAGUAAGUAGUCACAAGGUAGACUGAUUGCCCGGGUGGAGUUUUGUGAUACUUUAAACUGUAAAUAUUCCACCAAUUACUAGACUCCAGCUACUCCUCCAGACGUACCCCUCCAGACAUGCCCCUACCUUGCUCUUAGACAGUGUUGGAGCAUACAGAAAUAAGCUCAGUUCUGUAGUCUCUCCACUUGUUCUGCCCUCAAACAACAUUUCAUUCCCUAGCAGAACAGUGUUGUGGCAUUAUUUUAAAGCUAACAUUAUGAGGAUUUGAACAGGUUUUGCUUUCUUUGUUUGGCAGGUGAUGGCAAAGACUCUCAAUGAUUGUGCAGGGAAUUGUGGUGGGAAGUAUAACCACCAUGUUGCAUCCAGCUAUUUUAAUUAUGUGUAGAAUUUUUCAAAACAAUCAGAUUGUGUUUUGAGUGCCUUUCUCUGAGGUUUAACCAAAAAUGAUGUUUCUUAAAAUGCAAAAGCACACAAAAGAUCAGUUUAAAUACUUAAAAAAGCUUUUCCAAAAAUAGAAUUUGUCUUAGUUCUAAAUGUACAGUACAUUCAUACAAUAAGGUGCUAAGCAGAAAGUGAUGAACUCAAAGAGACUAUUAGCAAGAGGCUUGCUGGCUGUCUCUGAUUAGCUGCUUGUAACUUGUACGCCCUGCAUUUUGAGUGAUUUAAAUAAAAUAAAAAUACUAUGAAUAAAAAUUCACAAUGAAGAAUAACCAUAAUUGUCAUUCAGAAAAUGUAGAAACACCUGCCACUUAAACUUCAAAAUCUUGAUUUGCCAGUUUGAAUAUUAAAGUGUCUGCAGGACUGAGGACUGUGUGAAUUCCAUUGAUGGAAGUAAACGAUCUGAUUUAUCUUCCCAUUCAUUCAGACUCUAACACAUCACAAAGAUCCACCUGGGCUUCACAGUCGAUCCAGUUGGGAGAUAGCUGUACUGCUGUAGGUCUGUCAUCUUUAUGACCUAUUGGAUACUGGGUAUAGAACACCAUUCACACUUUAAUUGCUGACAGUUUAAAUACACAGGGUGAGCUUUAUGUUUGUGGCUGCUAUUGGUCUGUUUCACUUUCUUGUUUUCCCUUUUUUUACCAUAUGCUUUUGAUGAUUUUUUAUUGAAUAGCUCAUUCAUAGUAUCAUUGUUGCAGUCAGGCACUUUUUAUAUGUACAAACCAUCCUUUAGAGUCUUGUACAACUUCCUACCCCCCCUCUUUGCUUGCUGCCGAAAAUUGUUCUAUAAAAAGGGAAAAACAAUAUUUAAUUGAAGAGGAUUUGGAACUAAUGUCCACAUGGAAUUGAACAAAUUGAUUUUAGGGGACUUUAACUAGUUUCAGCAAAAUAAGGAUGUUGUAUGCUUAUAUUUUUUGAGACUAUUUAAUUCCAUUAAAUAUUUUGUAAAAUGUCAGUCUGCAAAAACUCAAAAUACAGAGCUGAUUUACUGAUUUUUUAAGCAAGAGCUACAUUUCCUUGGUUAAAGACUCCACGGCUGAGGUUCAGUAAUGACUCUGUAGAUAAGAGAGAGGGACCCCUGUCUAUGCCUGUAAGACUUACUGUAAAAAUAUUGUAGGAAUUCCCCACACACUUUUCUAAAAGCUUCUCCCCCAACCAUGGAUUGUUCUUCUGCCUCUAUUGGGGUGUAACUGGGUGCAUUGACCAGCUGGCAGGUGCUGUUCUUACGGAAGCGUUGUGAGCGCACUGUACAGUAGAGUCUCCUGGACCAUGACAAGAUGGCCGCCGUCCUUGGAGUGUGUAGCACCCUGCCUCAUGCCAUGAACAGUCCUGUGCUGAGAAAGACCAUCUCACUUCUCCUCUUUAGUCCAAGAAGGAAAGAAAACAUAGAACUUUGUUGUUAUUGUUUUUUAUAUGCUGUAACUUUUUUGUCUCCUGCCUUUUUGAGAAACAACUCGAACAUAUUAGCUGCUACAAAGUAUUCAGUAUUCAAGAGCCAGGACUUUGGGGACAGGGGAAGGUGUCGCCAGCUUAACAUGGUCAAGUUCAUAUUUGAACCUCAUUUUAUACCGCUGUGCAUUCAGAUCCUGCUGUCAUUCAGUCAUUCCAUUUAGACCUGCAAGGUUCCUUCACGUUAACGAUUUCUGACAGAGGCUUACACAGUGAGGCUUACCUCCUGCAGUCAGCCAAAUCACAGUUGUUCCAGUUUUUAUCAGUAGAGCUGUAGAAUAAUACCUAGAAAAACAUCUCACACUUAGCCCUCUGCAGUGGUUACUGGUUCUCUUAGGUGGUUUAAAGUAAAUGCAACCUGUUUUGGAACUUUGCUCAUUUUGUCUGACUUGCACAAAAACUGUCACUCACAGAAAUGUCUUCUUUUAAAAAAAAACAGAUGGUCAAGUCCCAGCACAGCUCCUCCAGUGGUCAUUGUCUCGUAAUGCUAAUUUGUGGCUAUGUUCAUUGGUUGUAAUAAUGUCCACCUGUCCAAAACGGGACAGUAACCAUGAACAAGCUUGAUCCCAAACAUACUUCAGCCAUACUAGCGACAAUUGUAACAGUAGCCCCAUUUAUUUAUGUCCAUUUGUGUGUGUAAGGGGGUAUGAGAGAGAGUAAAUAUUUAGGAAAAAAUAGCAAGAAUGUGUGUUUGUGUAUGUAUCUCCUACUGAUUACAGACAAUGUUGAUGUUUCAACACAUUUGAUACCCUGCACAUAAAAUAAGAAAGUACCCUAGAGUUCAGGUUUCCCAGACUGUAGGCUUGUGUUUUAGUUUUCUGAGGCAGUGGUGUCACCAGUUUGUCUCCACCAUGUGACCUGCAGGGAUGUAAACUUGCGUUUCAAUGGUUAUCCUCCAGGGGGCCCCACAGGCACUCCAACUAUACAGUCAAGUAACUAAUCAUACAAUUGAGUUUCUGAUUGUGACAUUUAUAGAAACAAUUGGUUGAUUUAUUAUGGGAGAGUCAGGAAGGAAAGUGAACAUGGAUGGAAGUUUAAAUGCUGUGAGAAGCAUGUCUUUGAGGCAGUGGUCCUCACCCCUGGUCCUGGAGAGCUGCAGGGACUGCUGGCUUUCAUUGUUACUCAGCACUUGAGUAGCGCAGCAAUUGAUCAGUUAAAGUAGCUGAUUACAAUUAAUUUAGGUAACCUGGUUUUUUGGUUUGAAUCAGUCACUAACCUUAAGGAAGAAACAAAAACCAGUGGACUCUGUCUCUCCAGAACCAGGAUUGAGUUUUGCUGCAGUAAAAAAAAAGAAAAGAAAAUGCAUCCAUAUUUCAUAUAGGCAUUUCCCACUGCUUCUAACAGAUCAUAUUAUGCCCCUGUACAAAAUGUAAAAAUGCAGUAGCAUGUCCACGGUAGUCCAUAUUUAACACUUGUCACUUGUAAACAUCACUGCCAAUCAUCAUCUGUGCUUAAUUAGAGGCAAUUACUACAAACUCAUCAGUUUAGAUGAUUAGCAUGGAAACAGUACUGAGGUGGCACAAAUGGGAUAAUUGUUUGAGAAGUGGCUUGACAAAGAAGUUGUUGCAACCUCUAGCUGGCAGGGGAGUGAAAUAUCAUGUAAACGAGUAAACAAGGGGGGACAAACUGGUGGUUGUAGACUUUAGAUAACUUACCACCCCUGCUUUAUGCAUUAAGGUGCCUGUUCCACUCCAAGGAGAUGGUGGUUUUUUGCCUAACCAGCAUCAAAACCACUCGAUUCUAAUAGGAAGAAGUGACACAAAAAAGCAAGUAGCAACAUCUUCAGUUCUGAACUGCAUUCAGACUGCACUCAUCUGGCAACAAGUCCUUGAGGAGUAACGUGCUGCAACCCAGCAUGCAAAUUUCUGUCGCAUUUUCAUUUGCUACCUCUCCCCUCUCAGGAGCACGUCCUGGCAGCAGCUGGCCUUCAUCUUGCCUCAUUUGAGAGCCCCAUCCCGCUAGAUGUUGAUUAAUGUGAGUCCUCCACUGCCAAGAAUACAAAUGUACAUGCAAAUCGUUGGCCACACCAUGCCGGAUAUUCUUCACUGUCUCCGCUCUUUAAAACAUUGCUUUGCUCCUUUUUUGUUUUAUUAAUGCUUUAGAAGGAUUGCCUAAUAUAUUUUCCCACCCAUGUGAUUUGUCCGCCAUCUUGAUUGAAUAAAUGUUAGAAUUUUAACAGCGUCAUGUGACUGAGAACAGCAAGGGCUGUCAUUUAUAGCCACUACAUUCAAAUUUUUUUAAUGUUCUUGAUUGGCCAACACUAUUUGAGCUCCUCAAUCCUGGUAGUUUGAUAUGCGGCAUUUUUUAUUACUGUGUCCUUUCAUCACGGACAAGAUAGAAUUGAGACAGGUAAUUUAAAUGGACAUUGGCAGAGGUUUGAGUCACAUUCACUGAGUGUUAGUGGUGUGUCAUUCGCAAAUGAUUCAGUCUUUUUAAUGAGUCUCUUAGUUGACAGAAAUUAACUGCAUUACCUCCAUGUAGAUUUAUUCAUUUGCUUCUUUCCACUCUGCUCAACCAUUACUACUAGCAGAUGGGCUCUAUUUGGAUAUUUAUAAUGAGAAACUGUCAAGACAAAGAUAGAUACUUUUGAGCUGGGUGUGCUGCAUUUAUUUGAAAAACUCAUUGUGGAGGACUCAGUACGCAAAGCCUCAAAUGAACAAGGAGAAUUAGGGUAUCCUGUUCUGAAAGAAAAUGGGGGACUGACAGAACUGAUCCGGGUGAUCAUAAGUAAGAGGCAGGCUGCUCACUUGUAACUUAGUCACUUGUAAUGUUACUGUGCUGCAAUGCUAGAGGUGGGUUGUUCAGAACCAAUGGCACUUCCUCAAUGACUUUUUUAAGUGAACCAUUGGAGUUGAUUCACCUCAACAAGAGCUGUUCAUUUGACUCCCCUGGCCAAUUACCCUCUGCAACAGAAGUAAAAGUGAAAAGUUAAAAGAUAGAGAUAAUAAUAAUAUGAUGAAGAAACAAGGGUGCUUUUCAUCCAUUGAAAUAAAUUCUGUGGGAAAUUUAAUCCCAUGAAACUGAUGUUGUUAUUGGAUUGAUUUGCUAUAAAAUGUGGACUAAUGUGACUUUGCAUUACAGUAAACUCUUUAUUUGAGCUUUUAUUUUAAGUAUGUGCUUCAAUGGUCAAAUUGGCAAUGUGUUUCAACUUCCCACUAUUCAUCACAGAAAACUGCUCAACAAAUAUAAAUGCAGCCUGCUUUGCCCUGGAUGUGGCCUGCUUUUGACCUAGUAGUUUAAUUUGCAUACUAAACAAGGCAAAAAAGCACAAAAAGAAUGAAUAUUGCAUUAAUAUGGACAAUGAAAUGCUUGAGCCUCUGCUGAUUCACUGGUUUUGGUUGAACCAGAGAGAAAUUGAACAGAUCGAUUCGGGAGUCAAAUGAACUUUGCUUCUUUUGGUGAGCAAAUCCAAAAGAACCAACUCUCCUAAAGGACACUGAAUGCCCAUCACUACUUAAAAUCAUUACUUCUGAUUUUUGACUUGUAAUUUGUACAGUGUGCUCAUGUUAAAAGGAAAGAGAAUAUCCACAUAUGCGUUGUGUAGAUGCGAAAUGUGUAGAUUCCCCCACAAAAAGUUAUUGAUCACACAUCACAUUUCAAUUCAUGUAAAAUUAUUGCCAGGUAAAACUGACAAAGUAUGUUUGGAAGCAUAUUUUUAAUGUAGACAUAUGUUGUAGAUUGUAGGCUGAUAUUCACAGCACUAUUGAGCAUGGGUGUUGUCACAAGUGAACACAAGAGGAGUGUUGGGUGAUUAAUUUGGCCAUCUGUGUGAGGCACAAGAUGCUUAAGUGCUCCAGACAGAGGUAAACUGUUUUACAUUUCAGUAGUUUCAACAGAGAUGGCAGUCAGCUCAUGGCCUAUGCUAGAAUAAGAUGAGAAUUAGGCUUAGAUGUGCUAUUGUUCAGCUGGCUCACUUCCCCCUACGUCCUGCUCUGGCUCAUAAAAAACAAAGGUAUUGGAGUAACGUAGAGGAAAAUAAUCAAAAAAAUGUUCUACCAAAUUCAUUGAAAAACAGCAAAACCUCUAUUAGACUUUAAAUUAUUAAAGUGAGGAAAAAAAGAACAUAUUUAUGAAGUCGUUUUUGUACAGGUGUUUAAAAAGAAGAUGCGACAGAAUGGUUCUACGAUGCUAUUUUUUUAUUUGCAGCGCAGUCAUGUCUCCAUGUCUUCGAAUUGUGAUCCAGAGAUUUUCUGAAGAUCAGUGGAUGUUAGGUUUAAACUUCUGUUUUAUUAUUUUUUUCUUUGAUGAAGCUUUCAAUAAAAAAGGAAAAAAACUGUC